AUGUCCCACAGCGCAGCAAACACGCCUUGUUUUUCUGGCCGCGUGGAGUCUCACAACAGCACACACUUGGUCGCAUCAAGGCAGGGCCGGGAGUUGUUCCUGUCACGGAGACUGUUCUGGCGCAAGGAGAGGAGUUUGCAAGGGAAGACAGGAGCAGGCGGCCUCCUCUCUGUUAGCGAUCCUGGUUAUGUGAGGCGAACUUCCUCGCGCUUGAUACCGGAUCUGAAUGGAGACGGCAAGCACAUGACCAUUGGGCGGCCGCUGUCAGAUGAUGACUUUGACGAAUACAUGGACAGCCGAAGGAAUGGGAAGCACUAG